ACCAAAGAUUCUGGUGAAAGUGACCGUGCAGAGAAGCUUGGGUCCGGUUCAGGUGAUGGCUUCAACGGAUUGGACGGUACUUGAUUUAAUGGCGGCCGUGAUUAAGAUCUACAUCGAAGAAGAAAGACUUCCAUUACUAUGCUCCACGGAUCCGUCCGCAUUCGGCCUCCACUAUUCCCAAUUCAGCCUGGAAAGUUUGGAUCCGGAGGAGAACCUGGUGAAUGUUGGUUCGAGGAGUUUUCUCCUUUGGCCGAAGCGGAAAUCUGGUUCGGGGAUCGGAGAUCUGCCCGUUGGGGCGGUGCCUUCUUCGCCGCCGGGAUGUUGGAAGGAGGUACAGAAGGGGUCCAGGACAGGUAUUCCGUGGCUUAGAUUCAUGGAUUGUUUGCUGUAGAUUGUUCCGGCGGAUGGAUGCUUGUGAAUUUUUCAUUAUUGUUCACUGGGGCUUGGAAGAAGGAUUGCAUUGGAGAGGUUGCAGGAAUUGAUAUAUGGGGAUGUAAUUGAGAAUUUAAUUUUAUUGUAUAUAUGAAUAGUUAUUAAUGAUGAUAUUUUAGUAGACGGAUUUGGUAAGCCAUCAAUAGCUUGUUUGAGUUUGCCAAGGAAAAAAUGAUUGAUGGAAUGGAU